ACAACAAGAUUCGAAUCUCUCACGCUCCGUCUCGUCCACGCCUGCCAUGUCAAAUUGAAUUUGAUCGCUUUGGCGGCCGCUCGGAUGUAGGCUGUCCGUCCGGCUUGGCCGGGAUAUAAGAAAGUCCCUUGCUGUGCUUCGGUCUUGUUGCAUCCAGUUCUCUUCAGAUCUAUAGACUGCGCUUGCUUGCAACAUGCGCAGCGCACAUAGGGUGGCUCUUCUCGCCGCAACGCUUGCUCUUGUCAAUGCGCAAGAGCCAUCAGCAUCGAGCUAUGCGCCUACUUAUGUCGCGUGCCCAGCCGAAUCGCUUCUUCGAUUGGCAGGCUCUAUUGCAUCUGGCAACCAGACUCUGAGCUCGGGCGAGCAAGACUUCCGCGCCCGAAGAGCGGCAGUGAUUGCCCCACUGUGGUCGCAAUAUGCCACCCAAGCUAUCACUGGUUAUGAUCCUGCCACACUUGCACAAAGUCUGCCGACAGUGGCAAUGGCUUGCUCCGGCGGUGGCUACAGGGCCGCGCUCUACUGCGCAGGCAUACUGAACGCGCUCGAUAGCAGGAAUGCGAGCAGUGUCGCCGCGGGGACAGGCGGGGUGCUACAGCUGACGACAUACCUAUCCGGAUUGUCAGGCGGUUCUUGGGCCGUGUCGAGUUUCAUCGCUCAAGAUCUGCCAGUCUAUGAACUCGUCCUGGGCGUCGCAUCGGAGUCUGGCAGCGAUGGCUGGGGACUUGAGAAUGGCCUCCUGCUGCCGAGCGGCUUGCUAAGCGAGGAGGACUACCUAAAAACGCUAGAGGCAUCUGUCAGGAUGAAGCAAGCACAAGGCUUCAACGUCUCCAUCACUGACAUUUGGGGCCGUGCGCUCUCGUAUCACUUCGUCAAUGGCACGCUAUCGACGAACUUUGUCAGCAACACGACUGUUGGCAAUCAUGGCGCAGACGUGCUCUAUGGUGAAGCACUCACCCGCUCUACAGGCUUCACAGGCGCCACAUUGCCCUAUCCGAUCGUCGUCUCGACGGUCGAUCCUUUGAACGUACAGCAAUCGCAAAUUAACGCAUCUGCAUCUAUCUACGUCCCUCUCAAUGGUACUGUCUAUGAGUUCAACGGCUACGAGUGGGGCUCUUUCGACCCUCAGUUGUCUGCUUUCAUCAAUAUCAGCUAUGCUGGCACUGCACUGCUCAACGGGACGCCCACCAACACAACCGCUACCGGCUGUGUGCAGGGUUUUGACAACUUUGGCUUCGUCAUUGGCACAUCAGCCUCGCUCUUCAACACAAUCAUAGAUCAAGCUGGCAAUGCUGCCAAUUCUACCGACGUAGGAAUCAUCAAGGUCAUCAUCGGCGAUCUUGCGGAUGGUCUCAGCGCCAAUCGAUCGGACGUAUCGAAUUGGCCCAAUGCCUUCCAAGGCCUCAUGCCAGACUCGUACGAGGACUCGACGACUGCCGUGCUCGAGCUCACCGACGGUGGGGAAGCGGGGGAGAACAUUCCAUUUUCACCCCUCCUCGCAAAGGCCCGCGGCAUCGAUGUCAUCAUCGCUGCAGACGGAUCUGCAGACACGGAUGAAAACUAUGCCGCUGGCUAUUCGCUCGCAAUAUCGCAGAUGAAGUCCCAGAUGCGUCCUUCUGGCACUUACAACCUGCCCCCUUUGCCUUCGAGCAGUGCAGUCGUCAUGAACUCGUACCUCAACCAGCGACCAGUCUUCUUUGGCUGCAACACGACCUCGCCAGACGCAGCUGCUGCAGACAGCUACCCUCUCAUCGUCUACAUUCCGAACUCGCCGCCCGUCAAUUUGAUGACAAACCAAGGAUUGCUGUCAAAAAUUCCGUUCAUCGGCAAGUACUUCAAUGGCGACACGACACUAACGAACUAUAGCACUUUCGAUCUCGAUUACAGCAACGAGGAUACCCAGACCUUCCUCGAUUUCGCUACCAAUAUCGGCGUCAGAGGUUGGGCGCAAAAUGGCGCCGAUAACGACACCCAAUGGGCGACUUGCUUGACUUGUGCUCUCGUCGACCGAUCUAGACAGCGCGUCAAUUUAGCCCGUUCGUCUCAGUGCGAGACUUGCUUCGGACGGUACUGCUACUCGGAAGCCGAGACGGCAGCUACAACGACAAAUUCGACUAGCAAUUCCACAUCCAGCAGCAGUAGCAGCAGCUCAAGCUCAUCUUCUUCAGCCGCAUCGUGCAUCACGAUCAGCACAUCUACACUCGCAACACUCGCAAUGAAUAUCUUGAUGGGCGCUAUUGUCAUGCUCUAAAAAGUUGACACACAGCACCCUUGUACCUCUUCACGAAGACUGCAUCGCUCGUUCUUGUCGUACAUGACGUAGACCUAUGAGAUGAUUGUUCGAUUGGGCGCA